CACGCCUGUGACAGCAUUUGUCAACAUCAUUCAAAUCAAGACACUCCAAAAUGGCGGAUCGUGAAGAGGAACCAGAGAAUGAGGACACAUAUGAGGUGGUCGACCUGACACAAUAUGCCAGGCGUCAACAAUGGUGGGGCUGCCUAUUUGGUGGGAACAAUUCGGGUCCUAUGGCUGAGAAGUAUUCGGUGGCCACACAAAUAGCAUUGGGUGGUAUGAGCGGCUGGUGUGCGGGAUAUCUUUUCCAGAAGGUGGGGAAGAUCGCAGCCACCGCUGUGGGUGGAGGAUUCCUGUUAUUACAGAUAGCCAACCACAGUGGCUAUGUGCAGGUGGACUGGAAGAGAGUGGAGAAGGAUGUCAACAAAGCCAAGAGGCACCUGAAGAAGAAAGCCGACAGAGCUGUACCAGAGCUCAACUCUUUUAUCGACCAGUCCACAGAGUUUGUGAAGACAAACAUUAUUGUCACCAGUGGAUUCUUUGGAGGCUUCUUGCUUGGGCUGGCAUCCUAAGAACACAACAGGGGCCUGCAGUUUUAUAUAGAAAUCACUUGAGAGGUCUGGCUGUGAAGUGAAGUGCCCUUUUAAAAACGUGGUGGGAACAACAAGAACAGAUGCACAGCACAAUAUAUCAAAUUGAGCCAAUUACACAACCCGCAAAAAGGUACCGCAGUUGUAAAUAUUCUGUAAUGUGUACUUACUGUACUGUUUCACACUACCUACCUGUCUAUCUACCAUGUAAUUGCAUGGUUUUAGCACCACCUGAUAGAAACUGGAAUCAAGAUUUCAAGAUUUCCUGCUGCUCCACCAUAUAAACAAAACCGUGUUUCUAGCUAGGCUUUAGCCCCCAACUCAAGGCAAUCGGGUACAACCCAAAAGGAACUAGCCAGUGGGUCCUGUGGGAAAUGCUGGUCUACAAAACAGUUAUUAAUCAAAACGCGAUAAGAGCACACAGGUGUUGCGACCCUGUAGAUGGGAUCCAGUGUUCCUGGCUCACUCUGAUUCAUAUAUUCAUCAUAUGAACAGAUAGAAACAUACUCACUUCCAAUGGCUUUGAGCUGGUGCUGGAGAUGGACGUAUGUACUUAUGUAAAAAGGAUAGAAAGAUGCAAAACACUCCGAUUGAUGCUGUAUUUAUUUAGAUCGACUGUGUGGUCUUCAUCAGAACUUCAUGCAUGUGUACAGUAUAUGCACAGUGUACUGUUGCACUUGUUACACAUACACACCUAAUUGGGCUGCAAUGCGGGAACUUAUUGAUUACAUUUGGGUCUAGUUCUUUGGAGUGUUUUCUGGUCAAUAUAGUCCUACACCGCAGGUAUACCCAAGUCAUGCAGUGCACCAUGUUUGCACAACAUAUGCCAUUUUCAUUCAUUGUAUGAGUUAAUACUUCAAUCACAUAUUUAUUGAUUUAGGAUUACCAUGACUAUCUUUCUUUUGCCUUUACGAGCGGUGCAAUAUUUGCUUGGAGGUAAUUUAGCCUCUUUUGUGUUUUCUCUUUCACAUGAAAGAAAUGUACCUUUGUUAUUGAAUUACAAUGCUGUUGUAGUUUGUGUAUAUAUUCUUAAUAUAAAAGACCAAAAG